AUGAGCUUAUCUGCCACUGGGAUCGUUACUGCCAUCAAUGAAUGUGUCACUUUGUUUCAGUGGGCGAAAUCUGCCAUUUCAUCUCUGCACUCCCGGUGGAGUGGCCCCCAAGAGCAAAGUCUUGAGGAUCAUGUCUUGCAGCUGGAGAGUGGCCUUCAAAGUCUGAGGGAUACUCUACCUGCAAUGUACGACCUCAUUGAUAAAGCAGAGUGGAGAAGCCACGAACAUGGUGUGGCCAAACUCCUUCCUAAUCUCAAUGAUGCAAUGACUGAGGCUGAGGACCUUCUUGAUGAGUUCACAUGGUACGAGAAGAAGGUGCAAGUGGAAGGCAAUGCAAGCCAAUCUCCUUUCACGGAGUUCUUCGAUACCGUCAUCCAAGGCAACUUCAACAAACUGAGUGAUGUCCAAUCAAGAUUGAAUCUUCUAUCAAGUCAUCUGGAGAAUAUGGGGAUUUGUGGAGUUACACAACGCUUUGACAAAUUAGUCAGGCCGGAGACCACCUCUUUGCCAAAUGAAACCAAAAUUUUUGGUCGUGAUAAGGAGCUGGAGCAGCUAUUAGGAUAUGUUCCUGCACCUACAAAUCCAAAACGCAAGAGAGCAACUAGUUCAAUCAAUGGAUCAACAAGCAACCAAGUUAGUAAUGAUUCAAGAAUGUUGAUUCUUCCUGUUCUACCAAUAGUUGGACUUGGGGGUGUUGGAAAGACCACUUUAGUCCAAUUGUUCUGCAGCCAUCAACGAGUGUUGGCUUUUUAUGAGCUGAUAAUUUGGAUAUAUGUCUCUGAUGACUUUGAUGUGAAGAGGUUGACUAAAGAGGCUAUACAAUCUUGUACUGGAAACGAGGCGACAAGUGAUAAUCUGGAUUUUCUUCAGCAUGCUCUUUCUAAGCAUCUGAAAAAUAAAAAAUUCUUGAUAGUCCUUGAUGACAUCUGGGAUGAUGCCUUGAAGGGAAAUGGGCAGUCUUGGAAGAGCUUUUGUGCACCUUUUAGAAAUGUCCAAGAGGGAAGUAUGAUGUUGGUCACUACCAGAUGUCAAAAGGUAACCAAGGGGGUGCGCACAUUGGAGCCCAUUCUGUUAGAAGGUCUAAAUGAAUAUAUCUUUUGGAUUUUCUUUAAAUCGUGCGCAUUUGGAUCUGGGAGUUCUAACAAUUAUCCUGAGUUAGAGUGCAUUGGUAGAAGAAUACUUCCUAAACUAAAGGGUUCUCCUUUGGCUGCUAAAACACUGGGACGCAUGUUAAGCAUGGACCUUAAAGCAUUGCAUUGGAAUUUUAUACUUGAGAGUGAAUUGUGGGAGUUGAGACAAGAGGAUACGGACAUUUUGCCUGCCCUUCGGUUGAGCUACAUGUAUUUACCAUUCUAUUUGAAGCAAUGCUUUGCAUUCUGUGCCGUGUACCCAAAAGAUUAUAUUUUUCAGAAGGAUUGCUUAGCUAAAUUUUGGGUGGCAGAAGGCUUUGUGGAAUCUAAUGGUGGUAUUCCAGUUGAACAUAUUGCAUGUCAGUAUUUUGAAGACCUUGUAGCACGGUCUUUCUUUCAAGAAAUUAUGAGUUACCAGAUAGUAUUGGAAACUGGAAGCAUCUUCGGCACCUUGAAAUCUCAAGGGAUUGUUUUUGAUGCCAAGAAAUGCAUGCUAGAAAGCUUACCCGAUGAAUUUUGGAAAUUGGUCUCUUUAAGGAAUUUUGAAUUACAUGGGUUAUCAUAUCAUGCUGGGGAUGUCACGACUCUUGAUUCAGCCAAUCAGCAGGGAAAAGUAAUUAGGUUAAUGAAGAACCUAAACCAAUUUCGUGGAGACUUGGAGAUAACUAAUGUUCACAUGCUCAGUAAGGAGAAUGCAGCGGAAGCUGUACUGAAGAACAAGAAAUAUCUUGAUGAGUUGAUACUGAAUAUGCAUACGGGGAGGGGGGAGGGUAGGGGUUUCAGCUCCCCAGAGUCUCGGAUCAUCCAGAACAAUGAGUUAGAAGUGGCUCAACUACUGCAACCUCCUAUCAGUCUCAAGUCUCUAUCCUUCCUGAAUUAUGAGUGUGUCUCGCUACCAACCUGGUUUUUUCAGCCCCAGAACUUACCAAGCUUAAAAUCACUUACUUUUGGAGACUGUGUUGGACUCGAGAGCAUAUCAUUUCCCAUGUUCUCGCAGGGCACAAUAGAUGAGAUAUCUGCAGUUCGUAGUUUUGUGUCCCUGACAGACAUAACCAUUGAUGGGUGCGAGAAUAUAUCAAGUCUUGAGCAUUUUCUGCAUCCAGAUUAUGUACCAGCCAUCAAGAAAAUAAGAGUUGAAGAUUGCGAGAUGUUAGCAUCAGUACCAACUGACAAUUUUGGAGGUUUUCAUUUCCUUGAAGAACUGCAUGUGGCCCGGUGUCCAAAUAGCUGCUCCCAAAGAUUGGUAUCGCCGUCCCUUAAGAAGCUCUAUCUCCAUGGUUCUGGUCUCUUUCGCAAUAUUGACUGCUGCUCCCUCACCUUCUUUUAUUUAGUAUGUGACUUUGUCACGUCCAUCCAACUAGAAAUGUGGAGUCUUCCAGCCCUACGGGAGUUGCACAUUAGGUGUGGAUCUCUUGCAUCUAUUGUGGGCUCCACUGACCUUUCCACAUAUCCGGGAACUGGCAGCAUAAGAGCGUUCUCGUGCCUUGGUGUCCUAAAAAUUUCGCACUGUAAUAAAUUGUCAACCCUUGACGACCUCCUGACACAAGAAUAUCUACCUGCUAUUGAGAAAAUUGACGUUGAAUGUUGUCCUGAGUUACUGUCCCUGCCAGGUGAAAGGUUUGGGAGUUUUUCUCAUCUGAAUCAUCUGGUGGUUUAUGAGUGCCUAAAUCUCAACUGGCAAAGAGGAUUGGUGUUGCCAUCAUCUCUCCAAAGGCUCAACUUAACGCGAUGUGGGGAUAUCUCUCUGUACGUUCCGAGCUGCCUACUAAACCUCACAUCCCUCACCUCGCUGAGCAUUGCUGGGUGCAAAGGUAUAACAUCCAUCGCAGGCGACAUUUGGCGCUGUAAUCUUGCUUCACUUGAGGAAUUGGCGAUUCAGGAUUGUCCAGACCUAGUUUCAAUUGGUGGAGCAAAGGCAGUUGCAGAAAUAAAGCAGGUGACGAUACACAUGUGCCCGAAAUGUAAGGAAGCGAAUCAGAUCAAUAUAAGAUCCCGACAAAGGCAACAUUUAGAACAAACUUGCCAACUUGUGGAUGUGUUGUCAGGGCUGGACCCAGAACUGGAAUCACACGGUGUCGUACACCACGUCGAGGCUAUGAUGACUGGGGAGAAAGUAGAUGACAGGCCAGCUGAGAAACUACCCAUAGCUGUGUCACUUGGAAGCUGGAAGACAAGGUACAUUAUUUCAGGAUGCCACCCACAGGUUAAACUGAAUGCUCUGUUCAGGUCUGAUUCUGAUGGCUUGUAG